GGCCACACUAGAACGUUUCUGAAAGUUUACAUGACUGACCGCUUCUCUCGCGCUCGUGGAUUAGCCUAUACCCGCAAUUUAAAACGGCCAUUCUCCAUUGAUAUCUGACCUUUGACCUAUCAAGGCUGGAUUUGUGUAGUCACCCCUCUGGAGCGGAACCACUGCCACUACAGUCACAGCCGUGCUGCCAUUGGACACUGCUCUCGCUGCCCAAGCACCUAGACACUGGCUAGUGCUUCUUUGAGACUCCUGCAGAUAUCUGACUUAGAGAUGGAGAGCAGCAACAUGUCGCUUUUACCUCUGCUUCUACUGUGCCUUGCCAUCGCCACUUCAGCAUCCCAGCAGACGUGUGAGCCAGUGGCGGUCCCUGAAAACCAGAAUGCCUGGAUCAGGGUGAGAGAGAUGCUUCCAGGCUGCUGGACCAACUACACCACUCAGGACAGCAAAGAGGUUCACAUCCUCAGCCUGCACUAUACUACUGGGGCUCCCACCAUGUUUGAUUUGAACAUGACCACUGCCCAGCCAAUGCACCUCAUCAUCACCACAGACUCAGAGCAGAUCACAUACACUGCGGCCCAUGCUAACACGGAUGUCAGCUUUUACGUGGCCGAUGACUCCAAUAUGAGAUUGAUUGGUCUAAAUGUCAACGUCCAGAAAAAAGCCCUUCCCACAGACAAUGAAGAUAUAGUGAGGUGGGCCACCGAGAAGUUUGGUGGGGUGACGUCUUUCACCACCGUCCAGAACCCAAGUAGCAUCGCUUCCACAGGGAGAGAGGGAACAAAACUCCUUCCAACUGGCUCCAACAACUGUACUCUUGAAAACGAAUGGCAGGCGCUCAAGCACUAUCUGAAGUUAGAAUCAAACAUACGCUUGCUCAAAUCCUGCUCGAACCAGCCUCCCGACAGCCACACUGAGAAAGAACUGUACAUCGUCAACAUCCCUGAGGAUGUCAGCAUUCGCAAUGUCUCUGUGCACGUCAUCAGUGAGAGGCAGAUCAGUCUGUUCCUAAGAGGACCUCAGGGUACCAUGUGGAGCAUCCAUGACCCACAGCACACCAGCUUCUCUUCCAACAACGUGAUCUUGCUUGCUGCCACCAGCAUGAUGCAUAGGAUCCCUCCCACGGUCACCAUCUCCACAGACAAUGCUGAUGCUGUACAGAAGAAGGCCUUGGACCAUUUCAGAGCCAGUACCAUCACCAGCUACUCUGAGAUCCGAACCGAGGGCACCAUGGUCACACUGGUCCUGGGGAAUAAGGACCACACUCCAGUCACAGAGGCUGCACCAACCGAGACCACCCCAUCGCCCCCCAGCCCUCCUCAGAUGCCUCUGCUCAUGCAGCUGUACACCUCUCCAGACUACCGCUCCCCUAUGGACCCCAACACCAAGGUGCAGAGCGACAAGAGGAUCUACGCAGAGAUCUCAGGGCGGACACUGGGGGAGAUUGUCCUGACCAUCAAGGUGAUCAACUGCUCGGUGCGCUCCAAGGGCUCUUGCCCGGUGGUGAGGGACAUGCCCUUCAGGCCAGAGGCAUGCUCCUCCACUGUGUGCCCCAACAGUACCAGGGUUAGCUUCUCCUUAGAGCUGCUCCAAGACCUGGCCUCCACUAGCUGGGACCUGGAGUGCUCCGUCAAACUCUGCUUCAGCGAGAAAUGUGGAGAUGGAGGAAGAGUGAAGAGGAACUUGGAGGUCACCCAGACAUACAUCCCACCACCAAUGGCGUGGAUUGACUUUGGUCUGUCAGCUGUGCUGGGCAUCGCCUUCGGAGGCUUCCUGAUCGGAGUUCUGCUCAUCGGAGCUCUGUGGUUAAUCAAGAUCCGCACAGGAUACCCCACCGGACUGGAUGUAGGGUCGACUGCUGCAAACCUCUCGGGAUGUCCUUGCUCUCUGACCAGCAAACGGCAACCUGUCUCCAACAACCCCUCCCCCUCUGAGAACAGUAGUGCCAACGCCAGCAUUGGCAGCACUCAGAGCACGCCAACCAGCAGCAUGGCAUGACACCAUCAGCACCACUGUCUCCCCUCUCCGUCAUACUGAGGGGGCUCCAUGCUAUUUGGUCGCUCUUUCACCAUGCUUAAGAAAGCAUCACCCCCCUCUCUUUAGUCACACCACAAUCACGGCCCCGGCUCCAAGCAACAGGAAAAACAAAGCAUAUCCCCAAGAACUAACAGGAAAUUCACUGCAUUCUUUUCAAUGAAUUGUGCCUCUCUGAUAGCGGCACAAUAAGAGUCAGUCAGGGGGGAAAAAAGAGACAAAAGAUUGACUUUUAAAAACAUUAUUAGAUAAACUGUUUUGCCUCUCAACAUCCACAAUUGUUGUGAUAGGAAAUGUCAAGGCCCCUUUUUCCAGGCAAUUUAGAGAUAGAUUCUGGACUGACAUCCGUUCUUUCACAUUGACUGUAGUUUGAAUAAAAAGGUGUAUUACUGUAUACGGGUGGCUGGAAGACACCAUGUCAGAUUUAAAGAUUUCAGACAGUAAAAAGCUAGAAUAUCCAAUGUUCUCUACCAACACCAAGGGGUAUCUGUCUUCAUAUGAUUUAGGAAAGAUUGGGAAAAGGCUACCUCUUAAUUUAUGUAGAUGUCGGAUUGUUAAGCAUAAGCUUGACAAUGGGUUCUUCUGAUGAGCUAGUGAGAUAAUUGUUUUUGUUUCUCUCUUUCAUUCCAUUUCACUUGAGUUACAUCAUAUUGUUUUCCUCCGAGGCGUGUCUUACAUACAAGCAGAAUUUAUAUUUAUUUUCAAUGUUACACUAUAUAUACAAAAGUAUGUGGACACCCCUUCUAAUUAGUGGAUUCGUCUA